AUGUCCUACUCACGCAUCUUUUCGCUGUGUCUUCGUCUUGGUCACACCCCUUUCGGACACAACAUUCCGGAUUGGAAACAACCCCGUGGACUCAUGAGCAUGGCCUAUCAAAUCGGGACGACUGACGAUGCUGCGCCGAGGAAUCGCGCCUGUGACUUUUGCUUCGAAAAAAAGAUCAAGUGUGAUAGAGAGGAUCCUUGUGCUAAUUGUUUGGCGGCUACUGUGGACUGUUUGCGCAAACGACCUAAGAGAAGAAUCAGACAUGCAGCUUAUGUGAGGAACCCUCCAUCGUCAAGAAUAACAUCCCACAAUUCAAAAAUCACUCCUCGCCAAGUCUUGGAAGGCCACUCUGCGAUUUUCCAAGAACGCUCGGAGCCAGGACUUGACAGCGAGGAAAAUGUCCCGAAAGAUACUCCUGCUUCCCAGAACAGCAAGCAAAAGUCAACAUGUUCUUCCACUACUGAAACGGGGCCAGCUGCUGCACAAGCUCAUAGUCAUAUUGGGUCGGAGCUAGAGUCACGCAUAGGGCUAGAUGCAGGAAAACGAGAAGUUCUCAGAGCAGCUUUAGCGUUUGCAAAUCAGGCGUCUCAGCAACCAGGCGUUGGUGCAUUUGGAGAGGACACUGGGGAAUCUUUUGAUGCCUUUAGCGAAACAUCUUAUCCGACAGCGGAGAGUCUUUAUCUGAUACUCUCUAGUCCCAGACAAAGUGUUGGCCAGGCUUUCACUAUGGACAUCGGGUCUGUCAUUUCCGAAGAAACACUGGAACGUCAAGCUCUUGGACUGAUUGAACAGUCUGUCAACGGUGCGGCACGUAUUCACUGCAUAGUGAAUGUCAACUUCUUUGUCUGGAUGUAUUUGGGAGCCUCCAACUUUCAAACCACAGGCUCUGCAAUGGCACGGCAUCUUUUAUUGAGACGACAGCAGUAUGAGAAAAACUUACGGGCAGCCUUGUGCCGAAUAGGCGUUCUAGACCAGCCUAGCUUGCCACUGCUUCAAGCACUACUGUCCGGUGCCAUGUUUAUGUUACUCUCCGGGAAAUUGGAGAUGUGCUGGCAGCUGAGUGCAUCAGCAUCAAGAAUAUGCAUGGCCUUGGGUGGACCUCGCAGAAUCAGCUCCCAGACCAUGGCUAGCCAUGAGCUUCGAGAAACUCGGUAUACUUUAUCGAUCUGCUACAUUUUUGAUAGAGCGCUUGCUCUAAGUAUGAACCGCUGCCUCUCUCUGCCCGAGUUUGACAUAAACCCCACGGAGCUGGUGCCCACUGAUGCAGAAAAGCCAUACACCUCGCUCAUUCAAGUCUUUUUACAGCUGGCUGAGGUUCAGUCAAAUGUUGUACAACACGCGAAGACCAAGAAUGUAAUGGAAAACGUCGAAACUGUCCAGAAAUUACAAGGCAAGAUGUGGAAGAUUAAAGAAACAUGUCAAAAGCAGCCUUUGCAUACCAAAGAAAAAUAUCUUCAGGCGGAGUGGAUGGGCGUUGAUUUUGUCUAUCAUUCCGUUAUGACAUCUAUCGUUAAGCUCCAUCCGUAUCUCCUGGACGAUGCCGGUUUACAUCAGCAACUGCUUGGCUACGCUCGUACGUCGCUUAGUUCUCUUUCAGAGAUGUUGGGCCUCGCCAAAACCUUGGUAGACUUUCACUUAUUUCGGGUUUCGGUGUCGUGGCUCAUUUUGUUAUAUCCUAUUUAUCCCUUCUUCGUCAUCUUCACACACACUGUCAACACCACGAGUCUUCAAGACUACCGCUUGAUCACGCAGGUAACAACAAGCCUCUGCGAGUUUGCUGGCCAUAAUCCAGCUUUGAUGGGCGUCCAAAAGUUAUUUGAGGAAUUCGUUAAACUUUGCACCCCUAUCUUCGAUAAGAACAAGUCAAUUGAUAUCGCAUCUCCGGCGCUCUUAGAAACAAGAGGUUCAUCACCACAAAGGACUGGGUCGCAAUUACACCAUAAUAGGAUGUCUCAAGGGCUUUCUGGUCCUCCUGAGCAGGGGACCAUGCGGUCAGCGGAAUCACAUUUCCCGACUUGAGCACUCUAGAAGAAAACGAGUUACUAGCAGAGUUGUAUAGCAC